GGUCCUGCUGGCCGCGCACUUCCCGGCGAGUCCGGCGCUGGAGGAGAAGAAAGUUUGCCAAGGCACCAGUAACCGGCUCACCCAGCUGGGCACUUUUGAAGACCACUUUCUGAGCCUUCAGAGGAUGUUCAAUAACUGUGAGGUGGUCCUUGGGAAUCUGGAAAUUACCUACAUGCAAAAGAAUUAUGACCUUUCCUUCUUAAAGACCAUCCAGGAGGUUGCCGGCUAUGUCCUCAUUGCCCUGAACACCGUGGAGAAGAUUCCCUUGGAAAACCUGCAGAUCAUCCGAGGAAACGUGCUCUAUGAAAACACUCAUGCCUUGUCCGUCUUAUCCAACUACGGCACGAACAAAACCGGGCUGCAGGAGCUUCCCCUGAGAAACUUACACGAAAUCCUCCAAGGCGCUGUGCGCUUCAGCAACAACCCUGUCCUCUGCAACGUGGACAGCAUCAAGUGGCAGGACAUCGUGGACGACAGUUUUGUAAGCAACAUGUCGAUGGACUUCCAGAACCAUGCGGGCAAUUGCCAAAAGUGUGAUCCGAGCUGUCCCAAUGGAAGUUGUUGGGGUCCAGGAAAAGAGAAUUGCCAGAAAUUGACCAAAAUCAUCUGUGCCCAGCAGUGUUCGGGGCGCUGCCGCGGCAGGUCCCCCAGCGACUGCUGUCACAACCAGUGUGCCGCCGGCUGCACGGGGCCCCGCGAGAGUGACUGUCUGGUGUGCCGCAAGUUCCGCGACGAAACCACGUGCAAGGACACCUGCCCGCCGCUCAUGCUCUACAACCCGACCACCUACCAGAUGGACGUCAACCCAGAGGGAAAAUACAGCUUUGGCGCCACCUGCGUGAAGAAGUGCCCCCGUAACUACGUGGUGACCGACCACGGCUCGUGUGUCCGUGCCUGCAGCUCCGACAGCUACGAGGUAGAGGAAGAUGGAGUCCGCAAGUGUAAGAAGUGUGAGGGGCCUUGCCGCAAAGUGUGUAAUGGAAUAGGCAUUGGCGAAUUUAAAGACACACUUUCCAUAAAUGCUACAAAUAUUAAACACUUCAAAAAUUGCACGUCAAUCAGCGGAGAUCUUCAUAUCCUGCCUGUAGCGUUUAGAGGUGACUCCUUCACGCGUACUCUGCCUCUCGAUCCAAAGGAACUGGACAUUCUAAAAACUGUAAAGGAAAUAACAGGGUUUCUGCUGAUUCAGGCCUGGCCCGAAAACAGGACUGACCUCCAUGCUUUCGAGAACCUAGAAAUCAUACGUGGAAGAACAAAGCAACAUGGUCAGUUUUCUCUUGCGGUCGUCGGCCUGGACAUAACGUCCUUGGGCUUACGCUCCCUCAAGGAGAUAAGUGAUGGGGAUGUGAUCAUCUCGGGAAACAAAAAAUUGUGCUAUGCAAAUACAAUAAACUGGAAAAAGCUAUUUGGGACUUCAAGUCAGAAAACCAAAAUUAUAAACAACAAAGAUGAAAAAGGCUGCAAGGCCAUGGGCCACGUCUGCCAUCCUUUGUGCUCCUCAGAGGGCUGCUGGGGCCCAGAGCCGGAAGACUGUGUGUCCUGCCGAAACGUCAGCCGGGGCAAGGAAUGUGUGGAGAAGUGCAAUGUUCUGGAGGGGGAGCCAAGGGAGUUUGUGGAGAACUCCGAGUGCAUACAGUGCCACCCGGAAUGCCUGCCCCAGCCCAUGAAUGUAACCUGCACGGGACGGGGACCGGACAGCUGCGUCAAGUGUGCGCACUACAUCGACGGCCCGCACUGCGUCAAGACCUGUCCGGCUGGCAUCAUGGGAGAGAACAACACCCUGGUCUGGAAGUUUGCAGAUGCCAAUCGCGUGUGCCACCUGUGUCAUUCCAACUGUACCUACGGCUGUGACGGGCCAGGUCUUGAAGGCUGCACGAUAGAAGGGCACAAGAUCCCAUCCAUUGCCAUUGGGAUUGUGGGCGGCCUCUUCUUGGUGGUGAUGGUGGCCCUCGGGGUGGGCCUCUUUUUGCGCCGGCGCCAUAUUGUCCGGAAGCGUACCCUUCGUAGACUCCUGCAAGAAAGAGAGCUUGUUGAGCCUCUUACGCCCAGCGGAGAAGCUCCCAACCAAGCUCUCUUGAGGAUCUUAAAGGAAACAGAAUUCAAAAAGAUCAAGGUGCUGGGCUCUGGAGCAUUUGGCACGGUGUACAAGGGACUCUGGAUCCCAGAAGGUGAGAAAGUUAAAAUUCCUGUGGCCAUCAAGGAAUUAAGAGAAGCCACAUCUCCGAAAGCCAACAAGGAAAUUCUUGAUGAAGCCUAUGUGAUGGCCAGUGUGGACAAUCCUCAUGUCUGCCGCCUCCUGGGCAUCUGCCUCACCUCCACGGUCCAGCUGAUCACACAGCUCAUGCCCUUUGGCUGCCUCCUGGACUACGUCCGCGAGCACAAGGACAACAUCGGCUCCCAGUACCUGCUCAACUGGUGUGUGCAGAUUGCAAAGGGCAUGAACUACCUAGAGGACCGGCGCUUGGUGCACCGCGACCUGGCAGCCAGAAAUGUCCUGGUGAAGACACCACAGCACGUCAAGAUCACAGAUUUUGGGCUGGCCAAGCUGCUUGGUGCCGAGGAGAAAGAAUACCAUGCAGAAGGAGGCAAGGUGCCUAUCAAGUGGAUGGCUUUGGAAUCAAUUUUACACCGAAUUUAUACCCACCAAAGUGAUGUGUGGAGCUACGGCGUCACCGUUUGGGAGUUGAUGACCUUCGGGUCCAAGCCUUAUGACGGAAUCCCCGCCAGCGAGAUCUCCACCAUCCUGGAAAAAGGAGAGCGCCUCCCGCAGCCACCCAUAUGCACCAUCGAUGUCUACAUGAUCAUGGUCAAGUGCUGGAUGAUAGAUGCUGACAGUCGUCCCAAAUUCCGUGAACUGAUUAUUGAAUUCUCCAAAAUGGCCCGAGACCCCCAGCGCUACCUUGUCAUCCAGGGAGAUGAGAGAAUGCACUUGCCGAGCCCUACAGACUCCAAUUUUUACCGCGCACUGAUGGACGAAGAGGACAUGGAGGACGUGGUGGACGCCGAUGAGUACCUCAUCCCCCAGCAGGGCUUCUUCCACAGCCCCUCCACGUCCCGGACCCCCCUCCUGAGCUCUCUGAGCGCCACCAGCAACAACUCCACCGUGGCUUGCAUUGACAGAAACGGGAGCUAUCCCCUCAAAGAAGACAGCUUCCUGCAGCGGUACAGCUCAGACCCCACGGGCACUUUGACUGAGGACAACAUAGAUGACACUUUUCUCCCAGCACCCGAAUACAUAAACCAGUCCAUCCCCAAGAGGCCGGCGGGUUCUGUGCAGAAUCCUGUCUAUCACAAUCAGCCUCUAAACCCCGCUCCUGGCAGAGACGCUCACUACCAAAACCCCCACAGCAACGCCGUGGACAACCCUGAGUAUCUCAACACCAUCCCUCCCUGCGUCACCAGCGCACUCGGCGGCCCCGGCCUCUGGGCCCAGAAAGGCAACCCCCAGGUCAGCCUGGACAACCCCGACUACCAGCAGCACUUCUUUCCCAAGGAAGCCAAGUCCAACGGCGUCUUCAAGGGCCCUGCGGCCGAAAACGCAGACUACCUGCGGGUAGCCCCGCCGAGCAGGGAGUUUAUUGGAGCAUGACCACGGACGAUAGCAUUGGCCAUAAGAGUCUCGGAUGUGUCACCCGCCCUGGGACCAAGCCACAGCAUCGACUCCAGUGCUGACAGUCCCGCCCUCGUUGACUCCUGGGCCCGUGGACCGGUUUGGCCAUAUUUGCUCCUACGGACCCAUCUUUCACCCAGGAAGUGCCCCCUCCUCGGAUGCACUUUGGGAAGUUGCUGGGAAGUUCCUUUGUCUUCAAACUGUGAGACCACCACAAAAAGGCAUCUGGCAAGAAUAUUCUCUUUGGGCAGAAGUUCGCCUUUCAGUGAGGUAUAUUUGAU